CAAUGGGUCCUACUCAAGGAAAGGAAGUAAAUUAAUUAAGAUUUACAAAUAGUUAUCUCCUUAAAUGAGAGAUCGAGUGCUUAAGUUAUUUGCAAGAUUUGAUGUUGAUGGUUCUAAAUCAAUUGAAAAAUCAGAAACAAUAAAAUAUUGGUAUAUAAGGCAAUUUAAAAUCUGAAUAGGAAGAGUAAUUUUGCUAAAUUGAAUACUGAAGAAUUAUUUAAAUCAGUUGAUACUGAUAAUAGUGGUACAAUAUCAGAGGAAGAAUGGCUUAAUUUUUGGACAUCAGUGUUAAGAAGUGGACAUACAGAGGAAGAGAUAUCUGAUGAAGUAAGUAUAAUAAGUAUGAAUAAUUUAGUUGGAAAGUAUUGAGUCAGGAUCAUCAUGGGUAAAAUUUGAGAAUUUAGAUAAAAAAAAAGGUUGAAGU